GCGGCCGCGCCCCCCCGGCCCUGCAGUGCUUCUGCCCCUACAAGGUUUCGGCCGCGGUGGGGGAGGGUCCUGGUCCCCGGCUCCGCCCGGCCCCUCCCCGCCUUUUAGGCGCCCGCAGGGCUGGGACAUCCCAGUCCUCGUUGGUCCUCCUGACGUGUCCUCCGUGAGUCCAGUGCUCACAGCCAGCCCAGUCCACCGAGUCCUCACCGACCGCCGACCGGCCCACCCCCCACCGCAGCCAUGGACGCCAUCAAGAAGAAGAUGCAGAUGCUGAAGUUGGACAAGGAGAAUGCCAUCGACCGCGCCGAACAGGCCGAAGCCGACAAGAAGCAAGCUGAGGACCGCUGCAAGCAGCUGGAGGAAGAGCAACAGGCCCUCCAGAAGAAGCUGAAGGGGACAGAGGAUGAGGUGGAAAAGUAUUCUGAGUCUGUGAAGGAUGCCCAGGAGAAACUGGAGCAGGCUGAGAAGAAGGCCACUGAUGCUGAGGCAGAUGUGGCUUCCCUGAACCGCCGCAUUCAGCUAGUAGAGGAGGAGUUGGAUCGGGCCCAGGAGCGCCUGGCUACAGCCCUGCAAAAGCUAGAGGAGGCUGAGAAGGCAGCUGAUGAGAGCGAGAGAGGAAUGAAGGUCAUUGAAAACCGGGCCAUGAAGGAUGAGGAAAAGAUGGAGCUACAGGAGAUGCAGCUGAAGGAGGCCAAGCACAUCGCUGAGGACUCAGACCGCAAAUAUGAGGAGGUGGCCAGGAAGCUGGUGAUCCUGGAAGGAGAGCUGGAGCGCUCAGAAGAGAGAGCUGAGGUGGCUGAGAGCCGAGCCAGGCAGCUGGAGGAGGAACUUCGAACCAUGGACCAGGCCCUCAAGUCGCUGAUGGCCUCAGAGGAGGAGUAUUCUACCAAAGAGGACAAAUAUGAAGAGGAGAUCAAACUUCUGGAGGAGAAGCUGAAAGAGGCUGAGACCCGAGCAGAGUUUGCCGAAAGGUCUGUGGCAAAGUUGGAGAAAACCAUCGAUGACCUUGAAGAUGAAGUCUAUGCACAGAAGAUGAAGUACAAGGCCAUCAGUGAGGAGCUAGACAACGCACUCAACGACAUCACCUCCCUCUGAGCCCACAGAAGUGUGGCCUUGCAGGCCCCUAUCUCUCCUCUCUUUCCAUUCUCUCUGUGGGGAAGGGGCAGGCAGGAGGAGCACAAAUUGGCAACAUUGCAUAGCCAGGUUGGGCACAACCUAGGGAGCACGUCCAUCACUCCCACCACCCACUCUGGCUUUAUCCUUCUACCUAUCCACCACCCCUCUGCUGCUUAAUAAACUCUGAACUUUGGUCUCUA